AUGGAAAAAGGCGGGAAGACGAAGGCCGAGUCGAACACUGCCUCGACGCCCAAGGACAAAGGGUUGAAGGUGGACGAGGGUAAGGAAGCGGUGGAGGUGGUGAAGACCACGGUGAAUGAAGUAAAGGAAUCAAACAAAGAUCUGAGGAAGGACAUCGAGGAAAUCAGGGUCAGCAUCAAGAGCACUACGGGAUCUCCCAGCAGCAGUGCAUGGCAACGACCAGGACAACAAGAUCUCGCAGAAUCCGAGCAGCGUGCGAAACAAGUAAUCGCUGUUGGCUUUGAGGAGCGCAUGGCAGCCAGCAAGAUCGCGACGGAGCUGGAGGACAUGGUCACCAGGCUCACGGGAAAGGCGACCCAGACAUUCAUGAAUGUAAUGGUCAAAGCGGCUAGCUAG